GCAGGGCGGUUCCAGCUGGUGGAAGUGAGGGGGGGGAGCGUGGGGGGGCAGGUCCUGGGGGGGGGUGACUGCCCCGUGGAGAGGGUCCUGCUGUGGCCCCCCCACAGCCCAGGAUACUUCCACCUGCAGGAGCGCUGCCAUGGCAACCCCGUGGAGCAGGGCGUGGCUGACCUUUGCGACCUGCCCGUCCUGAGUGAGGCCGGAAUCCUGGAGAACCUGCGGACGCGUUUCUAUGCCAACCAGAUCUACACCUACGCCGGCCCCGUCCUGGUCGCCAUGAACCCCUUCCGCUUCCUGCCACUGUACAACCCCAAACACGUGAAGCUGUACGACGGGCACGCCGCAGGGCAGCUGGGGCCACACGUGUUCGCCCUGGCCGACCGCGCCUUCUCCGGCCUGCUGCAGCAGCGAUGCAGCCAGUGCCUGGUGCUCUCCGGGCCCAGCGGAGCGGGGAAGACGCAGAGCGCCGACUUCCUGCUGCAUUGCCUCACUGCGCUGAGCCGAAAGGGCCACGCCAGCGGGGUGGAGCGCACCAUGCUGGGGGCGGGGCCUGUGCUGGAGGCAUUUGGCCAUGCUAAGACGGCUCAGAAUAAUAACUCCAGCCGCUUUGGUAAACUGAUCCAGGCUCAUUACCUGCACACUGGAGUUGUACGAGGGGCACUGCUCCACAGGUUCCUACUGGAGAAGAGUCGCGUCGUCUCCAGAGAUCCCAGUGAAAGGAGUUUCCACGUCUUCUACUACAUGCUCACAGGAGCGUCUCAGGAGGAGAGGAGAGACCUCAAACUUCUACAGCCUCACCAGUAUCUGUAUCUUACCCAGGCGUCUCCAGUGGAGGACUCCGGCAUGGCUGUGGAGUAUAAGAGGCUGCAGCAGGCCAUGGAAAUGGUGGGAUUCCUCCCUCCCACCAAGAAACAGAUUUUCUCAGUGCUGUCGGCCAUCUUGUACCUGGGUAAUCUGACAUACACCUGCAGUGAAACUGACACAGGCAAGGGGCUAGAAGUGGGGCCAGUGGAAGUCCUCAACACACUGUCCCACCUGCUACAGGUAAAGCAGGAAAUGCUGUUGGAGACGCUGACUAAGAGGAAAACUCUGCCAGCCAAGAACACACUUAGCUCUCCCUACAGCCUGAGCCAGGCUGUUGCUGUUCGUGACUCGAUGGCGAUGGCUCUGUAUAGCGCCCUGUUUGACUGGAUCAUCCUCCGCAUCAACCACUCCCUGCUCAACCUCAAGGACUGCACGGACCCUGCAUUGUCCCAGCAGCAGCCUUUGUUCAUUGGCGUCCUGGACCUGUUUGGAUUUGAGAACUGCAGGGAAAAUGGGUUCGAGCAGUUCUGUAUGAACUACACCAGUGAGCUCCUGCAGUAUCACUUCAAUCAGCAUGUCUUCCAGCUGGAGCAGGAGGAGUACCAGGCAGAGGGACUCAGCUGGCAGACCAUUGACUACAGGGACAACUCCGGCUGCAUCCAGCUGUUCAGCAGCCAGCCCAAUGGCUUGAUUCAGCUUCUGUACGAGGAGAACAGCUCUCCGCAGGCUACAGAUGAGACCCUCCUGGACAGGUUCCGGCAGGAGCACCAGAGGAACCCCUUCUUCUCAGCCCCGCCCGAGGGGGAGUGUGCCUUCCUCAUCCUGCACUUUGCUGGAACAGUGAAGUACCAGAUCAAGGGUUUCCGGGAGAAGGAUACGGACUCUGUGCCGGUGGCCAUGGUUGCACUGUUGAAGCACAGCAGUCGUGUGUUUGUGAGGUCACUGCUGAGGUCACAUCCUGUGGCAGCGUUCCGGUGGGGUGUGGUCCGGGCCGUGUUCCGCAUCACUGCGGCCUUCAGGAAGGCUGGCCUCUGCCUGGCCGCCAGGAAUGCAGGUCUGAAGCAGCGCGAAUCGCGCACUCCGAUUGGCCAGCUGCGCAGGAGGUCCAGCACCAAGGUGGAGCGGUUGCAGAGCCGCAGCUCACUGCUGGACUUCUCCUUCGACCGGUCCGAAGAUCGCCCCCUAGAGGCCAUGGAGGACAUCUUCGCCAGCUAUGAGAGGAGGAAGAAGAGCAAAGGCAACAGGAAGAAGCAGAUCAUUCCCAAGAAUCUGAUUAGUACACGUUCCCUGAAGUGCAUAGUGGGACAGACACUGUGUGACUCUACCCAGUCCCUGCCCUGCUACAGUUCUCAGUUACAGGUCUCUCUGUGUAAGCUGCUGCAAAUGCUGAAGCGAGCCCAUCCUUCCUUCAUCCAGUGCAUCCGCUCCAAUGCAGAGAAGAAGGAGUUGUGCUUUGAUGAAGACCUGGUUCGGGCCCAGCUGCAGGCCUCUGGGCUGCUCGAGACAGUGCACAUGAUGAGGGCUGGAUACAGCAACAAGGUCACCUUCCAGGAGUUUGCAGAGACAUUCCAACUGCUGUUACUGAAAGAUCACACUGAGCCCCAGAGGAAUAUCCUGGCCCUGUUGCAGGAGGCUGGCCUGGACCCCUCAUCCUACCAGAUUGGCAAAACCAAGGUGUUGCUGAAGGCCACACAGUGGCAACAGCUGCAGCGGGAGCAGCAGAAGCGGCGGACUGUGGUGGUGGUGAGAUCGAUCGUCCUGCUGCAGCGCUGGUACCGCUCCAGCCGGGAGCGCGGCCUGUUCCUGCGCAAGAGGACAGCCGCCAUUGUGAUCCAGCGAUGGUGGCGGUGUGUCAGGGAGGAGAGCCGUCACCAGGCGGCGGUGAUGAUCCAGGCGCUGUGGCGUGGCUCCCAGCAGAGAGAGGAGUACCUGAGGCAGCGCUCCUCCAUCAUCAGGCUGCAGGCCAUGCUGAGAGGCAGCAUUGCACGACACAGGUUCAAGUUACUGAAGGAUGAGCGGGAGGGCGGGGCUCAUGAUAAGGGGGCAGGGCCUGGGGUGGUGGGUGUGGUCAAACCCCCAAAAGCCACCGCCUCUUCGAGGACUCCGGAGCCGAAGGAGCUGCGUCGGCAAAUCAGCAUGGGGUACGACGCCCCACCCCCUCCACAGGUCAGAGGUCAGGGGGCUGCCAGCCCAGCGGAGGAGGGGGGGAGGGGAGAGGAAGAGGGAGCACCCUGCCCCGCCUCCCCAGCGACCCUGCAGCGCUACCUGAAGCACACCGCCCUGAAGAAGAAGGCCGCCCAGUGGAGGGAGAGGCGGAGCGAGGGAGGGCUGCUGGACAACCGCCCGGAGAUCCUCAAACUGAACGACAAGCGCACCCAAGCCUUAAAGUCCAGAGGUCUCUCCCUGUCUCUGGACAACAUUUCCACAGUGAGCUCUUCUGAAUCUGACAGCCCAGUCACUGAGAAAUCUACAGAAGAGGUGCGGGUGCGGCUGCGGCGGCCGAGGCGUAAGCGGCGUUUGGCGCAUGCGCGCAGCGGCCUGAUGUUUAAAAGCGUGGCGCUGGAGGACACAGAGUGCUGGACCUUCCCCCUGCCGCCCAUCAGUCCUGCCCCCGCCAAGCCCCACGCGUCCCCCUCCCCCCCCGCCCACAGCCAGCUGGAUGAGCUGCCACGCCCCAAACCCCAUGUGGAGGUACUGCCACCCAAACCCCAUGUGGAGUUCCAGUCUCAAACGGAAUCUGGCCCCAGGAGGACCUCCAGUGGGAGCUCGCCAGUCACCCCAGAGAGGCGUGGUUUCUUCAGUCGGCUUCUGAGGAAAAGAACCAGAGAGCUGCAGGACUCGCCUGAGGAUCCUCCUGUGACUGCAACACAGGCCAGAGGGCUGGGCUGGGCCCCGGCCGCUCCCCUGCGGCCCCAGAGUGGACACAGCCGGAGGAACCCCAGCAUGCGUAUCAGCCGGGCCACGCGCGUGGCGGAGGAGUGGAGCGUUGCUCUGGAGCGCAAGAUCACCAGCCCCAGAGAGCUCUGUCACCUCGACCAGUUCCUGGGGUCCCAGGUGAAUGAGCUGCGUAAUCGGAAGUUGCUCUCUCCCACAGAGAGUAUUUUCCUCAAAGCUACGGCCGCGUUUAGGGAGACUAUCAAAGGGAUGUACUCUCUCUCGAAGCCCCAGAUUGGCUACAAAGGGCUGCUGAGGAACUACGAGGACAAGGUGAGCAGUCUGGCUGAGCCCGGGAGGGAGAGCGAGGUCAGGCUGGUGGUGAACCUGUUCCAGUCCGUGCUGGACGGCUUUGUCCGCAAGGAGAUGCGGAGAGAGGAUUCUCUUCCCCCCAAGCCCUCAAAAAAAGGGAAGAAGAGUUCAUCCAAAGACACAUUUAAGAACAUCUGGCAUCACACCUUCAGGACCUAUCAGGUGACCAUCAUGCAAACAUGUGACCAGUGUGGCUCCUACAUCUGGGCCAUGGAGAAGGCCUUCAUGUGUCUUGCCUGUAAAAUGGUUUGUCACAAGAAGUGUUUGGAAAAGAUCUGCAUAGACUGUUCCACCCUCAGUGCAAAGAAAUAUGAUGGUGAAACAGAUUCUCUCCAGUUUGGAGUUGGGGUGUCGCUCCUGAUCUGCAGUUCGAACCCGGUGCCCGUCGUCAUGGAGAAGAUGCUGGGGCACGUGGAGAUGAACGGGCUGUUCACCGAGGGAAUCUACCGGAAAUCCGGAUCUGCAAGCCGAGCCAGGGAGCUGCGGCAACUACUGGACACUGAUCUUCAUAGUAUUUCCCUGGAUGACUACCCCAUCCACACCAUCACCGGUCUGGUUAAGAAGUGGCUGAGGGAGCUGCCUGAGCCCCUGAUGACCUUUGGCCUCUAUGACGACUUCCUGCGGGCUGUAGAGUUGCCGGAGAGGAGUGAGAAGCUGCGGCGGGUUUAUAGAGUGCUGGAGGAGCUUCCUCCCGCCAAUUUCAACACCCUGGAGCGCCUCUUCUUCCACCUGGUCAUAGUGGCCAAGGAGGAGAAACACAACCGCAUGUCUGUGAACUCGCUGGCCAUCGUGUUCGCGCCCUGCCUGCUGCGCUCGCCCAACACGGCCGACCCCUUCAUGAGCAUGAAUGACAUCGGCAAAACCACCACGUGUGUGGAGAUGCUCAUUACCGAGCAGUUAAAGCGUUAUAAUGAGAAGAUGGAGGAGAUCGAGCAGCUGGAGCUGGCUGAAGCCCUGGCCAUCAAUGAACUGAGACUGAAGAGACAACACACUGUCACGGAAGCGGUUCGGCAGGCUGACACACUGGACCUCCCUGACUCCAACGUGCAGGAGAGGAGCCUGAUGGAGCGGAUCAAGUCUAUCAAGCAGGAGAAAGACCAGCUGGCCUAUCGGCUGCCGGACUUGGAGCAGUCGGGCUCAGACCAUGAGACCCUGGACUCUGAGGCAUCCCUGAGCUGUGAGAGCCUCCUGCACAUCGGAAGGGACGACACCCCUGAGAGUCGGCAGUUGUCCGGGCGCCAUGGUGUCCAAUCCAUGUAUGUCAGUCACAGCGCAGGCCCCUCCCCAACGGACUGCGGGCCCGCCCACAGGACUGGGAGGGCCCUAUCAGAGACAGACAUCCCGUACAUCGAUGAGGAAGUGUGACGCCAAGCUGCCUGUGAAUCACUUCAAUAUGAAGAGCUUAUAAAUAAAUGAUGACACGUAUAUUAUUGUUGAGCUGAUUCAGCAGCUGCUGUGUUAGCUUUCUGUGUCCCCAGUUCUCUCUCCCUCUCACUCUCUCUCACUCCCUCUCCCUUUCUAUCCUCAACUCUCCCUCCCUCUCUCUCCUCUCUCCCUCACUCUCCCUCUCUCUCCUCUCCCUUUCUCUCCCUCCCUCUCUCUCUCCUCUCCCUUUCUCUCCCUCCCUCAACUCUCCCUCCCUCUUUCUCUCCUCUCUCUCCCUCUUUCUCUCCCUGAGAGGAGAAGAAUGCUAAAUCCAGGAGAGACUCCUGAGCUAGAACAGGAAAUGACAUCACUGUGUUGUAUGGAUUUCUUAAAUAUAAACAGAUGCACAUUUACUGGCACAGAUAAAACAAGGCAUUUUUAUACUUAUAUUUAUUUAUAGGAUUUCAUAAUAAAUUUUAAAGCAGAUGACCCUCAAACCCUUUAAUUCCCAUUUGGUGAUCCAUUAAGCUCUAUAAAAGCAGCUAAUACUGCAUUACCAUUAGUAUUCGAUAAGAACAUCAUUCAGAACUGGCAUCAGUCAGUAACCCUAACCCACCCAGGACACUGAGGCCUCUAGUGUCUCUGCAGAUGUUCAGUUAUGAUUCAAUAGAGGGAAGUGUACUGUUCAGAGACACACCAUCAGUGUCAGUCCUGCAGUCUCAUCUCGCUCCUGGACCAGCGCACUCUAUUCCACACAGGAAGUGACUGAACAGAGUGGAAGAAUACCACCUGUCCUCUUCUGUGGGAAAAAAAGGAUCUUUCAGAAACAUGUACUGGUCUGCUGCCUGGCUUUGUAGAUUUGCCUCUUCUAGUCAAUGAUCACAAAGAUGCCUUAGUGUGUAAUAUACAUAUGAACAGUAUAGUAAAUGCAUUAUCAAUUCUUAGAUUCUAUAGAUUUUAUACUCUUAAGUUGCCGUUUACUUCCUUAAAAGUGCCAAAAUAAAGAGAUUCCAGGAA